AAGCAUGUGGCAUUAGCACAUAAAGAAGUAAAGUCUGAAGCCCAGUUAAUGUUAAACUCAUAAGCAGAUACUUGCUCUUCAGCGCCUGUUCACUCAUUCAACCUCACCUCACCAACCUAACGCCUUAGGAGAAACACCUCUGUCCCUGAGAAGGAGCUCCUAUUACAGGAAGUGAAUUUCAGACUUGGGUGGUGGUUUUUUUUUUUUUUUUUCUUUCCCUUUCCUAAGCCUGCUUUGCUGCCAGUGACUAAGGAUAGUCAAGUUUUAUGUUAAUGGUUAACAGAACAGCUAUAACUACACAGAAACUCUGACUUCCUGUUGCUGGGGCUGGAACCAACAGUCGCCUCUGCUUUGCAGACGAAGAGGCAAGUGUUGAAAGGAGAGCAGUUCACACUGUAAAAGGCUGGAGAACGGCAGCUUCACUCAGUAGAGAAAAAAAGGAGGAAAAUCCAAAAGGAGCAAGAGGUGCUUGUCAUAAAGAUAGGUAAGAGCUGAAACACUUUACUGCUCGGCUUAUUGACUCAGCGGCUGUUGCUAACAAAACCCACAGGUGUGACUAGUUGAGACACAUUUGCUGUACCUGGCUGCUCUGACCUGCGUGUCUCGGUCAAAGGGACAAAGCGAGAAAAGAUCUAUUUGCUGUGAAUUUGAACAUCAGAGAGGGCAGGAAGGCUCUUUCUCCUUCCCCUCUCCCCAGGGUCUGCUCAUGGCAGGACAGACGACAUCCCCUUCGGACUGUUCUCAUCUCAUUGACCACAGCCACAUCCCUGAGUUUGAGGUGUCUCUUUGGAUCAAGAUCACUUUGGCCCUAGUGUAUGUCAGCAUCUUUGUUGCAGGCAUCUUGGGCAACAGCAUCACCAUCAAGGCUACCACGAUCCUGCAGAAGAAAGGCUACCUACAGAAGGAGGUCUCGGACCACAUGGUGAGCCUGGCCUGCUCUGACCUGCUGGUCAUCCUGCUGGGCAUGCCCGUGGAGUUCUUCAGUGCCAUCUGGAGGCCCUUUUCCACCCCCUACGGCAACAUGGCUUGCAAGCUCUACCACUUCCUCUUUGAAGCCUGCAGUUAUGCCACUGUCUUGCAUGUGGCCACCCUCAGCUUUGAGAGGUACGUGGCUAUCUGCCACCCCUUCAAGUUCAAGGCAGCCUCUAGACCUCGCACAGUGAAGCUGCUCAUUGCUUCUGUCUGGGGUACCUCUGUCAUAGUAGCUCUGCCCCUGCUCUUUGCCAUGGGCACAGAAUAUCCCCUGGAACCAAUCGAGGGCUACCAAGGUAUGACUACCUGCAUCCAGCCUAUGCCCAGGGACCACCACCCUGCACUGAAGGACAAUAUGACCAUCUGUACCAGCCUCUCCUCCAAGUGGUCUGUCUUUCAAGGCAGCAUCUUCUGUGCCUUCACUGUGUACAUCAUAGUGCUGGGAUCUGUCACCUUCAUGUGCCACAGCAUGAUGAAAGCCCUGAUGAUCCACAAGGAAGGAACUGUGGCAGUGAAGGGUGGACUAAAUCACCAGGACCAGUACCUAAGAAAAAGUGAAAGCUCAGAGGCCAAGAGUUCCAGGAGACAGAUAAUUUUAUUCCUGGGACUGAUUGUUGCAAACCUGGCAAUAUGCUGGAUGCCGAACCAGGUGAGAAGGAUCAUGGCUGCUGCUACACCGAAGCAGGACUGGACCAUCCCCUACUUCAGAGCGUACAUCACUCUUCUUCCCAUUGCCGACAUCUUCUUCUACCUCAGCUCGGUGGUGAACCCCCUCCUGUACAACAUCUCUUCUCAGCAGUUCCGCAGCGUGUUUCUGCAGGUCCUCCGCUGCCACCUGACCAUAGAGCACGCCAACAAGGAGAAGUUUCUCAGAGCCAACCUGCGCUCCAGAGCCAGGAGCAGUCGCUCUCUGCGCCCGCUGCUCUUCAUCUCAUCGAGGCACAACUCUUCUACAAGGGGCAAUAACAAAGUUUUCUUAAGUACUUUUCAGAAUGAGACCAAGCCUGACUGCAGUCCACAGACACCAGGUCUUGAGCCGCCGGAGCCCAGCUUGGAAGUAGUGCCUCUGGGGACUAGCUCAGAGCCCAGUCCAGACGCACAAAAUGGCCUUUGUGAACACCAAGUAUGA